AUGUUCGCUCAGAGGUUUGAUCCAGAAGAGUUUACCAGGAAGAGGAAGUUGGAUGAUGACGAGGUAGAGGAUGAGGGUAGUGAAGAAGAAGUCAAUAAAUCUAGCAGUUCCGAGUCGGAUGAGAGUUCUAGCUCAGAAAGUGAAUCUAGUGAUAGUGAGAGCGAUGAAAGCGAUGAAAGCGAUGAGAGCGAUGAGAGCGAUGAGAGUGAGAGUGAUGAUGAUAGCAGUGAACCCACUAGUGAAGCCAGCAGUGAUGAUGACAGUGAAGAUGAGGAUAAGAUGGAAGUUGAUCAACCAGAUGAUAUCAAUCACGAAGGACAAGAAGAGUACGAGUCCAAGCAUUCAUCUAUUUUCCAUAAAAUGCAUAAAACUCAAGACACUCAACCUCAAGAGUCAGCCGUACAAUCAGACCACGAAGAAUUGCAUGAAAUAGCUCCUAUGCCACAACCAGAACUACCACGAGAUCAAAGAUUACGGGCCAGGAAUGGUAAUAAUUUAAAUUGGUUGGCCAAACCUAUUUAUUCCAGUCCAGAGAAUGUUAAGGAUUUCAGUGAGUUCCCAUUAUCAGACACUCUUGCCAGAAACUUAACAGCUAACUCAUUCACUCAAGCAUUUUCUGUCCAAGUAACAGUUCUCGAUAUACUAUUGGAAGAUAUUGAACAGAACAAAUUGAAACCUGAAUCUAAUGGUGAUUUGUUAGUUAACGCUUCUACUGGUUCAGGUAAAACUUUAGCAUAUUCCAUUCCUAUAAUAGAAAGUUUGAUGAACAGAGUGGUUCCAAGAGUUAGAGCCAUUAUUCUAGUACCUACCAAACCAUUGAUCAACCAAGUUAAAGCCACGUUAUUGUCACUUUCUAAAGGUACUAAUUUAUACGUCAUGAGUUUAAAGAACGACAUCUCCAUAAAAGAAGAAGGUCUCAAAAUAAGAACUAAUACUCCAGAUAUAAUAGUAUCUACACCGGGUAGAUUAGUUGAUCAUCUUAUCAGUGGGGACUUAACUUUAGAUCAUUUGAAAUGGCUUGUAAUCGAUGAAGCCGAUAGGUUACUUAAUCAAAGUUUCCAAAAUUGGUGUGAAAUCCUUAUUUCAAGAUUAAGACCCCAAGAACCUAACUUCGAUCAAUGGACUCCUCAGGUACAGAAAUUGAUUUUUUCAGCUACUUUGACCACCGAUGCAGGGAAAUUAUCAUUGCUUAAAUUCCAUAAACCCAGAUUGAUUAUCAUUAAUGAGGAACAAGAGUUGGUCAAUGAGAUGUUCUCUGUUCCAAAGACCUUGAACGAAUCUACUAUUAAGUACGGUACAUCCAAGAACUCCAUCAAACCUUUAAUCUUAUCAAAAUUCUUGAUCAAGAACGAGAAAUUGAAUAACGUACUUAUUUUCACCAAAUCCAAUGAAUCUUCCAUCCGUUUAACCAAAUUACUUGAAUUAUUGAUGUCUAAAUUCCACAAGUCUUUGAAUAUUCAGUUCUUGAAUUCCACCAACAACUCAAAUCAAGUAAGAUCAAAGAUUUUAAGACAAUUUGAUACCGGUGACAUCAAUAUUUUAGUGGUAACUGAUUUGAUUGCCAGAGGGGUGGAUAUUCUUUCGAUUAAAGAUGUUAUCAAUUAUGAUAUACCGAAGUCAUCCAGGGAAUAUAUCCACAGAUCAGGUAGAACUGCCAGAGCCGGUAAUUCAGGUAAUGUGUAUAAUUUGGUUUUUGGUAAAGGGGAAUUCAAAUGGUAUAAUAAACUUAUGAAGGAAAUUUAUAGAAAGAACGAAAUCGCUUUGAUAGAAGAAAGUUUCAUCGACGAUGGUGAUAAUGAGAUUUAUAAGCAAUGUUUAGCAGAGCUUCAAGAAAUCAUCACUGAGAACUAG